UGGUUUAAUUUUUUGGGUAAUACCUAUUCUUCAACUACCAAGCCUUUGUUUAUUAAAAAAAAAAGAGAGCAAUGAGAGUGAUGACUUUCUCUAAAUUUCAUGAGCACUCUAGUCCAAUUCUCAAACAAUUAAAUAUUGAUAAACUGCCUGACCUUGUCUUUCUUAAUAUUGCAGUCUUUAUGUAUAAAUUUCACAGUAGACGUCCACCAUCUGUGUUUGAUACUUCCUUCACUCAAGUCAAUAAAAGACAUAACUAUAAUACAAGAAGUUAUUCUAAUAUGUUCUAUACUUUACCUAAGGUAAGGACAAUUAUGGAAUAUUCGACGUAAGAUUUACAGCCCCCAAAAGAUGGAACUCGAUUAGUGAAAAUUUGAAAACCUUCUCUUUUUCAAACUUCGAGGAAUCAGUAAAAAGCGAUCUUGUCAAUAAAUAUCGGUUACUUGAGUCAAGUUACGCUAAUUUUGGGAUUUGCUAACAGCCAAUCAAUUUCAUCGCUACUUAAGGUUCUUUGCAAUAACAGUAUGUUACCAGGAGUCCUACCCCUAACGACACACAAUGUCCUUAUUUGGCCAGGAUAGGAAGCAAAACGUGUCGUCACAUAUCAAAAGAGACAUUAACCUUGAAAUGACGUCUUAAUAUCAACACGCCACCGUCUACAAUUUCUAACUUUCUGUUUCGUUUUGAACUAAUAUGCCGGCGUAGUACUCUCUUCUGACGGCUUUGGAUUUCAGUAACUACAGGAAGACGAUUUCCGAUAUAGUCAUGAGUGUCAUGAGUGCCAUCUGGUGCUGGAUUUGCUUGCUGUUUUUCCUGGCGCUUGAUGUUAACAUGCAAAUUAUAACUAUCAAGAAAGAGAAACGCCAAGCAAAAGCUUUAUUUACUUCAGAACUGCACUAUCUAGCCAAACAAUGUACGGAAGAAAAGCACGCCUUCUUCGCCAGCAGCUUCAUAGAACUUUUUACACAACUCUUGGGUACUAUUGGAGGUUGUGAUGGAAAAGAAAAAUGCGCCAUUGAAAAUGUCCAAGUGGAAUGCGGAGAACGGAGCAUUACUCUGCGCAGAAGGGACAUAAUUUAUAUCCAACAGGCUUUUAAUGUUCCUCUCACGGUAAAAUUCGCUUUAAGAGUUCCACUGCCAAGCAAUACAUCCGUGGUUGGUCCGAACCAGACAACUCAACAGAUAUCAAGUACCAUUCUAGCAUCCCUGAAUGAAACAGAUCUGCCUUUAAACAUCAGUGGGGUUGUUUUGGAAUAUGAUUUAUCAAAACCACCAGUGGUACGCAUAGUUGGUCUCGUCUGUGACAAAGGACAAGUUCUUAAAGGGACAAAAUGUGUAACUUGUCCACCGGGAUACUUCCUGGAUACCUCUAAUUGUCAGCCAUGUGCAGUGGACCAAUAUCAACAUCAAGAGGCCCAGACAUCCUGUGUUCCAUGUCCGUCUGGAACAUCAACUUUAGGACGAGUGGCAUCAAAAAGGCCUGAAGACUGUCGAGAUAACACUCCACCUUCCUUCAAUAACACAUGCCCGGGCAAUAAGGUGUUCUACACCGGUAAAUGUUCGUCUCAUCGUACGUUGCGACGAUGGAAAGAGCCAAUGGCGACUGACAAUUCUGGUCACGUGUCUAUUAGCUACCCUGCCAUUCGACCUCCUGUCAACCUUAGUAUCGGCCUGUACAAUGUACUGUAUUCCGCGAUAGAUAACAGUGGAAAUCAAGUUAAUUGCAGUUUUGUAGUGCAGGUUGCAAGAAAAUCAUGCCCAGUCCUCCAGCCACCAAUUCAUGGAUCUAUAGCCUCUCUUUCAUGCGGAUCCGCAUUUGGUUCCCAGGCUUCCCUUGCUUGUAACACAGGAUACCGAAUGGCUGGAUCUCCUUUGCUCUCUUGUAGACCAGAUGGAACAUGGUCAGGCAACGUGACUACAUGUAACAUCGUCAAAUGUCCAAGCAUCGAAGCGCCAUCUUAUGGAAUGGUAUCUCCAAGUGCUUGCCAGAUACCUUCUGGUGCACAUUAUAAAGCUGAGUGUUAUUUUAUGUGCAAUGUGACGGUCGGUUAUCAACUUGAGGGCGUACCAAUGGUAACCUGCCUUGAAAGUGGAUCGUGGAGCGAUGAUACCACAAAGACAAUUUGUAAAGAUAUCCAAGCUCCCAGCAUCACGUGUCCAUCUGAUAUGGAUAAUAUCCCCACAAGACCUGGCCAAUCAUAUGCGAUUGUGACUUGGCAGAUACCAGUGCCCACCGACAACUCUAACGAGUCCCUGACGCUUACCGGUUUACGACCUCCACAAAAGCUGGAUGUUGGUAAAAAGUACAUUACAUACAAAGCGACCGACUCAUCUGGUCUGAGUACAAGCUGUGUUUUCUUCAUUCAUGUCAAAGAUCUUGAGCCGCCUAAGAUUGCAAACUGUCCUGAUGACAUCUAUAAGACGUCUAAAGAGAAAUGGACGAAGAUAUUUUUCCCAGGAGUCAUCAUCACAGAUAAUGUUGGCGUUCACUUAUUUACAACAAGCAGACCAAAUGGAAGCGAGUUCACUUGGGGAGAACACAACAUGACUUAUACGGCAUCAGAUAAAGCAGGAAAUACCGCCCAGUGCCAUUUCCAAGUAAUCAUUGGUGCUAACCGGUGUCCAGAUUUACCAACGCCCUUAAAUGGAGCCAAAACAUGCGAGCAGUCGUCCUGCAUCCUGCACUGCCAUGCUCGAUAUGACUUUGCUACCAAUCAACCACAGUCAUAUAUCUGCAGUCCUAUCAAAGGGGCAUGGAUGCCUUCAAGCAAAGUGCCAGAUUGCUCUGGAGCACACCAAGCAAAAGUCUUACUUGCCACGGAGCUUCAUUAUCUAGCUGACAAGUGUACAGAAGGAAUGAACUCUCGAAUCGCCAGCAAUUUCAUUCCGCUUUGUACUCAAUACUUGGGUAAACGUGGAAGCUUUUAUGGAAAUGAAGACUGCACUAUUGAAAAUGUCAAAGUGGAAUGUGGAGAACAGGGCAUUAGGCUUAUUAGAGGACGCAUAGCCUAUAGCGAACAUUCUUCUAAAGUUCCUCUUACUGUGACAUUUGAUGUGAAAGUCCCACUUCCAAGCAAUGCUUCCCUUGUUGACCUGAACCAGACAACU